AUGUCAAAUUUUUUAUUAUAUUAUUUUAUAAUAAUUAUAUUUUUAUUUGGGUGUAUAGUUUUUGUUUCUAAUCGAAAACAUUUAUUAUCUGUUUUAUUAAGUUUAGAAUUUAUAGUUUUAAGUCUUUUUAUUUUUUUUUUUUUUUAUUUAAAUUUUAUAGGAUUUGAAAGCUAUUUUAGAAUAUUUUUUUUAACUUUUUGUGUAUGUGAAGGAGUUCUUGGUUUAUCAAUUUUAGUUUCUAUAAUUCGUACUCAUGGUAAUGAUUAUUUUCAAAGUUUUUCUGUUCUUCAAUGUUAA